AUGCAUAGACUGCUUGAUCAAUGUCUGUACCAUAAAGAACAUGUGGCUUCAUCUCCCAUAAACGCUAACACGGUUUCUCUGUCGAAUCAUCUCAACUUGGAAGCGUUGCGGGCCUACGUUGACCGAGGUCGCGCCAGACUCAUUGAGACGGGUGGGCUCACAUCUGUGUCCGUCAAAGAAGGUAGCCAAGGUGAUGUCCAAGGACUCCCAUGCGGGGCUCGUACCUUGCUGAUCAAAAAGGAUUCAGCAGAAAUUGUAGCCAGAGGAGUCAACAAAUUUUUUGACAUGGAAGAUGUAGGAGACGAGUGGGUGGUAGACGGGAUGCUAUGGAGCGAAUGCGUGGUGUGGGUGCAGCGCAAGCUCGCUGGGUUUGUCGUGACCUUGUUUUCGCUAGACGGGGUGAUGCUUAUAUGCGCGUCGAAGCAUGUUGUGGAAGGACCACACGUAGAAUUGUCAAGAAACUUUCUGGAUAAUGCGCUGACAAGUGAACAACAGCGCCGACUUGCAGAGAAGCUCUUCCAGCUUGAGGCUUCUGCCACGUUUGAGUGUGUCGACACCAAAAGUGACUAUCACCAUCCCGUACUAGAGCAUACAAGUUUUAACGAGCGAUUGAUCCUUUUGUCGGUUCAGAAAAGGAAUAUUCUUGCCGAACUUGCUCUUUGUUUCACCCAAACACAACAGUUUGCACGAGAGUUUGGAGUGCUGUGCGUUCCGGGUGCUGUUUUGUCCGAUGGUGAUGCGGUUCGCGACGCAGUCCGAUGCGUUACCCCAUGGGACGCCGUGUGCCCAGCACUGAAGGAGUUCCCCACACUUGCCGAGGGCAUCGUCCUAUUAAUUGAGAUACCCUUAAAUCGGCUUACCGAUCGCCACCACAGAUGGGUCGUCCCUGUGCGCCUGAAAGUAAAGACCACGCGAUACAUCGUCCUCCGCUCCCUUCGUUCUCUUCUUCGAGGCGAUUCUCAACCCCGAUUGGGCUUAUUUCAUCUUGCUAUAAUCAAAUGGUCUCACUUGCAUGGCAUAGACCUCAAAAAGGAGGAGCAGAUCGGGGGCGUUUGUCCUCUCAGUCAUAAAUUUGAACAAAACCUGUGUUCGAUGCAAAAAGUACGUCAUCGUGAUUCAGAGUUAACUGUUGGCGCGGCAUUUAGGCAGCUUUUACUACACACAGAGCAAGAGGUGCACGUUCGGCGUUACUUCAUCCCUUUGACAGUGGUUCUCUUUUGUGGGCUACCCGGGGCCGGCAAGUCGAGCCUCUGCCAAAGGGUCAUCGAACGUUUGAAGCUGCGUUCCUCUGUUUUCUCCUAUGGUGUUUGUCUAAGUCGUGACGAGGUGGCUCAAUCUGUGCGAAAGCAGUAUCAAAUCGGUCGCGAUUCCACCAGGCACAAGCAACGCCGUUUGCAAGGCCUAAUCCAUAGGGAGUUGUUAUUACGAAUCGAGCAACUAAAGAGGUAUUGCGCUUAUUCUGGAUGUGAUCGUCGUGGGCUCUUAUUGUUUGAUGCGUGUAAUGUCACGCCCGAUGCCCGUCGUGCUUGGCGACGCUGCUUUCCAUGUGGUCUGCAUGGGGCUUUCUUAGUUUUUGUGGAGUGUAAGGACCAAGAUGCCCUUCUCAUGCGGCUCUCCCAUCGGAUGGAGCACGCGACUAUCCUGGACGCUGAAGAUGCCCAAAGAGCACUUUACGCGGUCAAGAAAAAGUUUGUACCGCCUACACCUGAUGAGGGUGUCGGCGUAGUUAUUCGUUGCGAUACCACAAACACGUCGGUGGAUAUCCUUGCGGACUCCCUUGUUGAUACGUUUUCCGAAAGUACACGGACAACUUCCGUUUUCGUCCCUUAUCAGGUACCUUGUGAGAGGAUACAGCAAACAGAGUGGAUGAAUUUCGAUGAGCUAGCUGCGUCAGUUGAGUUUGAUGAGCGCGGAUUGCUUCAUGGUCUUUUUGGACCUACAGAAAUUGAUUCCAAUGACUUUAGCUCUUUGAUGUGUGCUUCUCAGAAUCAACUGCGGAAGGACGCCUUUCCGAAAAGAGCCUUAAUCGUCCUUAAACUUGACAUGUCGGUUGAAGACUUGCGAAAUGCAGUCGCGAGUGUGUUGAUGAGUGUUCUGAAUGCGCACCUGUGCACGCAAAAAGCUGAAGUGAUCGAAUCUGCAUUACUGCACAUUCCAUGGUGGCGCCGGUUACUAUCAGGAAUCGUUAUUAAAGGAGCAGAAGGGGCGCACAGCACGAAGUUGGAUGCCACCGUUGAAGCUGGGCAAAUCAAAUGGAUCAAGGGCUGGUUACUGCAAGGGAAGAUGGAGGCGACUGUACUCCCCGCAACCCUCAGCUACGCCCUUACGGAGCGCUUUGAGAAGAAACCGGCCUUCGCCCACGUCACUCUCUUAUAUAGUCCAGAUGGUGAAUCCGGGAUAGCGGAUUUCUGGCGACGCUCCGGGCUUCGUCUAGGGCAGGAGCUGAAGGUUGAACUCAGGGAACUCCUAAUGGAUCGCCUUGCCGUCUGUUUCACCGCCACACUUCUGGGUGGACGGACCUGUCAAUGGCCAGCCUGCGAUCGCGGUGAGUCGGAGGGUCAGGCUUUGCUUGAUUACCUGCACGUGACGGUUUGCACAGCUGCUGGUGUUAAUGGAAAGUAUUCGGGGGAAAUGUUGCACCAUUUCAAAGAGUGGCAGCAAGACGAUGAGGAUCUCGAGGUGUGUCGGGCCGCAAAGUGCGCAAAACGCAGUCGGCAAAAGUAUCACAACUUCGUGAAGCUAUCUCUGUCUACGCCACUCAUGUGCUCAGGGAACGUUGUGGUAUUAUCUCCUCAAUCCCUUCAGGAUUUUGCAUGA